AUUUCCGGUGUGUUCGACCCUCUCACCAGCAGUGGAAGCAGACGAAGAAUGGAGAGAGCCGCUAACGGCUGUUAGCGUGAAACAUCAGCAACAAGAAGAGCCAACAAGCCCUCAUGUGGAGUCCCAGACGCACAUUAAUAUUAAUAAUAAAAUCAUUUAUAUCUCUCAAUCUGUGGCCUGGCCGUCUGGACUCACCACAUCAAGGGUCUUCAACAUUUGUCUGUAUCAAAUGUUGAGGUAGAGUAAGUCUUCAGAGGGUGAUCUAGGGGUGGAGAAGAGGCAGUGUUGGUAAACGGCACCAAGUUCUGGCCCAUGAGAGUGACUGCGCCGUCAAAGUGCUGCUAGUGACCAGGGCUGUGGCUGUGGUAGGCCCGGCCCAGGUGGCCUUAUUCUACAUCAGUCCAGGCGAGCGCUGAUGUGUGCUGCACGUGCCAUGGAUCAACAAAGGGAUAAAUAUGGCGAGCGGCCCGCCAGGAGCACUAAAGUCCCCCAAGGAAACCGCAGCGGACAUGCCAGACCAUCUGGCUCUUCGAGCUCCUCAGGGGUUCUCAUGGUGGGCCCAAAUUUUCGUGUGGGGAAGAAGAUUGGAUGUGGAAACUUUGGUGAAUUAAAGCUGGGAAAGAAUCUCUACACAAACGAGUAUGUAGCUAUAAAACUGGAACCAGUGAAGUCGAGGGCUCCCCAGCUGCACUUGGAAUAUCGGUUCUACAAAACCUUGGGGACUGCAGAGGGAGUCCCACAGGUUUUUUACUUUGGACCUUGUGGGAAAUACAAUGCCAUGGUCCUGGAGCUGCUAGGCCCAAGUCUAGAAGACCUCUUUGACCUCUGUGACAGAACCUUUUCCCUGAAGACCGUCUUAAUGAUAGCUAUUCAGCUGAUUUCACGAAUGGAGUAUGUGCAUUCUAAAAAUCUCAUCUAUAGAGAUGUCAAACCUGAAAACUUCCUCAUCGGGCGGCAAGGGAAUAAAAAAGAACACAUCAUCCACAUCAUCGACUUUGGCCUGGCCAAAGAGUACAUCGACCCCGAGACCAAAAAACACAUUCCAUACCGGGAGCAUAAAAGUUUGACCGGUACUGCCAGAUACAUGUCCAUUAAUACACAUUUGGGAAAAGAACAAAGCCGGCGAGAUGACCUGGAGGCUUUAGGCCACAUGUUCAUGUACUUCCUUCGUGGGAGUCUUCCUUGGCAAGGACUUAAGGCUGACACACUCAAAGAACGAUACCAGAAAAUUGGAGACACAAAGAGAAACACUCCCAUUGAGGUUCUAUGUGAAAACUUUCCAGAGGAAAUGGCCACCUACCUGAGGUAUGUGAGACGGUUGGACUUCUUUGAAAAGCCCGACUAUGAAUACCUGAGAGCUCUGUUUACCGAACUCUUCGAAAGAAAAGGAUACACCUUCGACUACACUUACGACUGGGUUGGCAGACAGAUACCCACACCAGUGGGGUCUGUCCAUAUAGAUUCUGGGGCAUCUGGAGUCACAAGAGAGAGCCACGCCCACAGGGACCGACCCUCGCAGCACCCUCCAAUCAGGAAUCAGACAGCAGCCUCAGAUCGGCGAGGAGCAUGGGAGGUGCAGCCCACACGGCAAGCAAACUCCACUUAUCUGACCUCCCACCUGGCAGCGGACAGGCACGGGGGAUCAGUGCAGGUGGUCAGUUCAACCAACGGGGAGCUGAAUGCGGACGACCCGCUGGCUCAUUCCAACGCCCCCAUAACGGCUCAGGCUGAAGUGGAAGUCGUCGACGAGGCCAACUGCGUGAAAAUGCUCAACCUGUGGUGCUGCUGCUUCUUCAAGCGAAAACGGAAGAAAAACACCACCAGGCACAAAUGAUGAGCCGGCGGCAGAGCGAAGCGUUCCACAUGUCCGGCUCCAGUGAUUUCAGACGGUUCCAUUCAGAAUUAAAGAGCAAGUCUAAAUGAAAAAUCUUGAUUGCUGGGACCAGUUCCACACGGCUCAUCAAGAUGUUUAGGAUGCCUGUGUCUUUUGAUGGGAGUUCUCUUUUUCAUCUUUUUACUUUUCCUUUUUCUGCUAAUUUAUAAUACAAGUUUUGUUGGUCAGUUGAACCAAAAGGGGGAGCCAUUUUUAUGAAAAUGUUGCAGAUGAUGAUUUUUUUUUUCCUCCUGUCAUCUUCGGUGUGUUUUUGCUCUGUGGUUUUUUGAGGGAGAGUUUCUUCUUCCUGUGGAAUUUUACCGCCUUCAUGUGCUGUUGUUUUGAUUUGAUCCUCAUCCUCAGUUAGUUUGCCAACUCACGGUGGCUUUUUUUUUUAUUUUUAUUUUUUUGGCGGUGGUUCCUGACGCAGGACUGAAUGUAAACCCAGGAGGAGCCCAGCGCACCGCCACGCCGACCAGCAGGUCUGCCGUUUGGCCCCCCUGCACUUUUUUUCUCUUCUCCAAAGAGGUCAAAGGUGACCCCUGGGAUCCAGGCCGAAAGCAAGCAGAGACAUCUCCCGCACCGUGUCCACUGAUGAUCGCGCUCACCUCCUUAAACACACUACAAGCUCUUUUUACUCCCCGACAUUUGGAGGCGGGGCCAAAAAAAUUAUUUAUGCUAUUUAUCUCUUGUUUGCCACUCGUUUUCCUACUAAUUGUUGCAUACACCCUGAAUGUAUGGACAGUAAAGCAUUUGUAUUAUCUGUCAUGAACAUGGAGCAGACCAGAUGGGGUUUAAAAAAAUAAAAAAAGAGAAUUAAAGGACUCCUAACAGCAGCGGCCAUGGGGGGGAGUGACAGAAAAAAGUGACCUGCUUUGGAGAAAUGCUUUGUCCAAUGCCUUAACCCCUCCCUCCCACUCACAGACACUGUCAUCUCCUGCAUCCCGUCUCAACACACUGAAGAUGUAUGUAAGCAAGCGCCCUGAUCAUCACCGCCUUUCUACAAUCCUCACCGUCUUUCUUUUCUCUCGAAUGCUAAUGUGAAUGAUUUCAGUUCUGCCGUUAAUGUGUCGUCCAUUCCAAAUAGCCAUGGUUUGAAAGAAACAAAGAAGCUUGAGAAAA